UUCUGGAGUGAUCUCUUCGCAACCAAAAAAAACUUUUGCUUUCAAUUUCUGGAAACUGCUUCUUUUCCAGAGGUGCUUUUGCUUCUGGUUGCCCAACAAUAGCUAGUCUAGCCGGUCCAAAACCAGAGCAAAAUCAGCUGGUUUAAAAGUUGCCCCCGAGUUAAACCAAUUCCAUCAAUUUCUUCUGCAUCCCUUCAAGGGUCAAGAUUAAAAUCCUUAACUGUGUGCAAAUGCUCUCAAAAUCUUAACACGCGGAAUUAUAAGAAGUAACCUAGAACCCAACCCCAAUUUUUUCAUCAUUUAAACCAUUUCUUUGGCAAUUUCAUCAGAAUCAUACAUAGCUGGAGAAGUAGUGUGGACUGUCAAACUUUUGCUAAGGGUAGAGGAUUUCCAUGGCGAAUUUACCCAACGCAGAGAAGUUUCUGAAAACAAUCGGGAUGGGGAAGAAAGAUCGCUACUUUUGGAAGCAAAUUGGCAAAGCUUUACUCUGCACGUAUACGGUUUUUGGUUUGGCUUGGUGGUACAAUGAAACAUCUCCACUUGGUUGGUGGACACUUAUGCCACGCCCUAAGGAAGAGAGAGAGAUGGCUCAUCUUUACGAGCGUAGGAAAUAUCCUUACCCAGGUGAUGAAGAAGCAAUGGAGCAGUUUGUUGCAAGUGGGGGCAUGAUCGGAACCACCAUCAGUCCAAAAGGGUUUGUUGAUUCUGGAAAUGAUUCCGACAACUUUCAGAAGCAAUUACAGUCGAAGAAAUUUGAACAAGAAUCCUUGAAGUUGUGGUUCCGGAUGAGGAAUGAGGUCAUUUCUGAACUCCAAGAGAAAGGGUUUGAUGUUGAAUAGCUGAAGUCAUCGUCAUCGAAAGACUACCCUGAAUUAUUGGAAGAUAUUUUGUUGUUUAUACAGGAUGUAUUGAAACUACUUUCUCAAGAAAUUGUGGAGGAAUAAUCAGAAACAUGAGGUGUCAUGUUGACAUUUUGAGAACCUCUUUAGUAAUUGUUGGUUCAUUUGCCCUUGAGUUUUUGCAAACUUGAGAUUUUACUGUUAAUGCAAUAGGGUACGAGUUUUCACAA